AUGUCACCGUCUUACAUUACCCUUCCGAUAGGUGCGAUGCAUCAGUGUGGCGACGACGAUAACGAGGAGGUUGACUUUGAAGGUUGGUUACAGGUCGGUUCGCAGAACCGCUGUAUGGGCGGGGAGAGUGUCAUGAAGUGCCAUUCUGGAUCUGGGGGCGCGAAGGCGUGUAAUAGCUGCGUUGAGACCGUAUGCUGCCGUAAACAUGGUGUAGAGAGCACUCACGUGGUCGCAAGGGGUGAUCGCUCAUGUACCCCGCGCAGCUGUGUGAAUAUAGUGAAGCGCCAAGGCGGCAAGGUUUGCCGCUGCAAGGGGAUCGAGGUGUCGCAGCCCGAACAAGAUGAUGUAUUUUACGUGAACAACAAGCAACAUGCGCCGAAGAUAUUGGUUCAGAAGCCGCAGACUGUGAUCGUUAGGAACCAUUCUCGGCCGCCGAUCGUCGUCCAGCAGCCCCCGCCAAACGUAAUCGUCAAAAACGACCCUCCACAGCCCGUGUACGUCCAGAACUGCCCUCCCAAUGUGGUGGUGAAGAACGAGCGCCCAUCUUCGGUGUUAAAAACCCCAGUGAUGCCUAUGAAGUUCCCGCAAGUGUACCAGAGCGGAUACCCUCCAAACUACAUGAAGCAGUGCAACUGUUCGAGGCACACUUACCAAUAA